GGCGACGACGGCUGCUGCUGCGGUGGAGCGCGCCUCUGCCACCGCGCCCGAGUCGGCCGAUGCUGAGCCGCCCCGCCAGCGCCGCCGCGUGGGAGGCGGGCAGGGGCUUCAGGUGAAUGGCGAGGCGAUCGAUGACGCCGAUACGGACGCUCUGAGAUGUUCGGAGAAGGCCUGGGAGCUGCACCAACUGGUCCAUCGAGACGGGAUCCACCGCCAACGCCGCCGACGGACCCGCCCAGCUCGGCUGAGCGAAGUACAUCACAGAAUCGCCGAAUGGCAGCUUAGGCGCCCGAGUGGAGGGUGUCGAGACGCAGGUGGCCGCCCUACGCCGCACGGCCGACACCAGCGCGCGCGACAUCUCGGCCAUCCAGGCGAAGAUGAGGGCGCAGGGUGCCAGGUGGGAGGCGCUCGAGUCGGGGCGAGGAGUUUUUUGUCGGCCGCGAGCACGGCCGCAGGCUCUCGAGCCUGGCCCAGGCCCAGCCGUGGGCGCGCAGCCCGACCCGUGGAUGGCCUACAACAUGCAGAGAGGUGGAGCGCCGACGCCCAGCGGCAACGUGCAGGGGGGCAGGCCGUCGCGUGGGUUUGGUAAGAAAACCAAGCAUGUGGUUUUAGUGGCUGGCUGCCCUGGCGCGUGGCAUGAGGACGAGGUCGAGGAGCAUCUGCGCACCGAACUCGAGAAGUCUGGCACCCCGGAGAGCCAGGGCACCGCGGAGAUCUACGGAGGUGGGCGUUUUUGUGACCAAGCGACGGUCGUCUCCGCCGACAAUUCGCAGAUGUGGAGGCUCAUGGAGCGUUGGAAGGGGCUGAAGAUUCUUUGUCCCGGCGCGAAGAAUGGCAGAUUGUGGCACAAGGUGGAUCAGGAAUUGCACGAGGCCGAGCUAUCGAGGAGAGUGAGCAUCGCCGUCCGUAUCUUGCGAAAGAUCGGCAUCCAGCAUGGCCUGGGCACGGAGGCAAACAAGCAGAAUCGUGGCUGGGUGGCCCACCGCAAGCACAGCGCGGAACGCCCCUUCCGCAUCCUGCAGCGGCCGCGGCACUCGGACCUUCUCGAGUUUUGCCAGGAGCCGCUCGCCAAGGCCGCGCUCGGCCAGUAGCUCGGGAAGAUGAGACUGGUCGAGAGGCUUUGCGAGAUCAAUGCUCCGCCUCGUCUUCAGCUAUUUCGGGCACGUGGCCGUCGGUUAGCUAAAGACCUGAGGGGCCUCGCGCUUCCGGGGUGGAAUGCGACGGGGGCUCCUGCUCGGCAGCGACAGCGUGUUCAUGGCGAGAUCGCGCGCGAAUUUGAUGCCCGCCUUGUCCUGUUUCAAGAAACGUGCGUGGCUGGUACAAGGUGGCAGUCCUAUGACGGCUAUGUGGUUCACGUCUCGCCUCCAGUGGGGGCGCGGCAGAUGUGCGUGGUUGCGGGUGCACCGAGGGCGACCUUGCAAACUCCAUGGGUUUCUUCGCGGGCGGCUCCAUCCGCGCGACGGGCUCGCGGCCGACGGCAUCUUCAUCGCCGUGCUUCAGUGGGCUGGGGCCUCGCGCUCUCCCGCGUCGCCGAGCCCGGCGGCCUGGGCGAGCUCCUCUUCGAGGCCUGCGGGGCGGUCUUGAACGCGCCAGCAGGGUAAAAUCGUUGAUUGUCAAUGUUUUUUGGUUGAUUUGUGUCGUUUUCUCACGUUUUCAGGCUCCCAUCGCUCCA